AUGAGUGACAAUCGGGGUCGUGGACGUGGUGAUCGUGGACGUGGUGAUCGAGGUCGGGGUGCCGAUCAAGGUCGCGGUCGCGGGGAAAGUCGCGGUGAUUUAGCCUUCCGCCCAGCCGGUAGAGGCGAUGGAAAUCGUAGGGAUUUCCGAGGUGAUUUCCGAGGCCGAUGUGGUGAUAGGGGUCGUGGCGAAUUUAGAGGAGGUGAUCGAGGUCGUGGUCGAGGUGGAGGUGAUUUCCGCGGUCGUGGUGAUUUCCGCGGUGGCCGUGGUGGACGUGGAGGUCCUACCAACUUGGGCCCACCUAUCUUCAGACAAGGCGAACCUAUUCCACCUCCUAACACCACCGUUACUAAAACUGAAAAUGACCUUGCCAAGGCCCUUACUGUGAGCGGCCAGAAGACACCCAGACAAGCAAAAUAUCCCGAGCGUCCUGGUUAUGGCACAGCUGGCAGGCCGGUGACUUUGUAUGCAAAUUACCUACCGCUGACCCUGCCGAACAAGCGGCUGUUCCGCUAUCAUAUUUCCAUUGCAGCCGACUCUGCCGACCGGUCUGCCCCUGUUGGGAAGAAGGCCCGACACAUUGUACGUCUGCUGUUGGAGGAACACUUCCCCCAGCAGAAGAGCAGUAUUGCGUCGGACUUCCGGUCUACCCUAGUCUCCUGUGUCAAAUUGACCGAGGGUAAAUUCGAUGUGAGAUACAAAGAGCACAUAGAUGAUGACUACAUCGAUCCACCCCGGGUGCACCAGGUUACCUGCCAGUAUACUGGUGAGGUCAAUCCUGCCGACUUGGUUAACUACCUGACAUCCACCAAUGCUGGUGCCAUGCUUGAAUCCAAAUCUGAGCUUGUGGCUGCUCUCAACAUGAUCAUAGGUCACCACCCCAAGACGGACGACCAGGUCGUCUCUGUCGGAGCCAACAGACACUACAGUCUGCAUCAUGAUACCAUGGAAUCCUUCAACCUUGGCGGUGGCCUAUCUGUCCUGCGUGGAUUCUUUGUCAGUGUGCGUGCCGCGACUGCUCGUGUGCUCCUGAACGUCCAGGUCAAAUAUCUGGCCUGUUACAAUGAAGGACCUUUAGCCAAUGUGAUCCAAGGCUACAACAGCAGGAGCACUUAUAGUUUGGAGAAGUUCCUCAAGAGCCUGCGCGUUCGUAUCACCCACAUCACGCGCAAAAACAGUCGCGGCCAGCCCCGGCCUCGCAUCAAGGCUAUCUUUGGCCUGGCCAGCCUUGGUGAUGGGCGCUCGUCGCCCAACCCACCCAAGGUUAACUCCCACGGCGCUGGCCCCCAAGAUGUGCAAUUUUUCCUAGCUGAAUCUAACCCUAAACCCGUCGCUGUGCCCGGUGCGCCCGAGCCCAAGGCUAAGAAGGGAAAGAAAGUGCCCAAGGCCGGUCCUGCGGAAGCAGGUCGCUACAUCACCGUUGCGGACUUCUUCAAAAAGGAGUACAACAUGAUUUUGAAUCCGAAGAAUCCAGUGGUGAACGUCGGGUCUCGUGACAGACCUGUCUAUGUCCCCGUUGAGGUCUGUGAAGUCGAGCCUGGCCAGCCAGCUAAAUCCAAGCUUUCUGGCGAUCAGACAGCCAGUAUGCUCCGCUUCUCCGUUAUGGGUCGAAAGCCGGGUCAGAACGCCCAGUCGAUUGUUACCAAGGGCGUGGGUGUGCUGGGCCUUGGCGAGCCCUUGAAUGCCACUCUAUCUGCAUUCGGUGUUAACUCUUCCACUGAGCUAAUCACGGUUCCUGGACGCGUUCUCCCCGCCCCGAAUGUCUACUACAAAGACGGGAACAAGACCAAGGAAAUCAGAACUCAAUUUGGCAGCUGGAACAUGCGCCAAAUCCAGUUCUCCAAGCCUGCGCCCAUGAAAUCCUGGACUUAUCUCUACAUUGAUCAUCAGGGCUCCCGCCCAGUUUUCCAAAGCUCAGAUCAACUUGACAAGUCUCUACAAGCUUUCAGAAAGACACUCAAGGCUAUGGGAAUGGCCGUGGACGCCCACAAGCCCGGAAAACGGGUUGUCCUGACCGGGAAGAGCGACGCCAACGAGCUCCAGCAAGCCGUCCUCGAUCUGCAAAAACAGCACAACCCAGUCUUCAUCCUGGGUAUCUUCCACACUAAAGACACUGGCAUCUACAACUGCGUCAAGCAAGUCUGCGACGUCCGCUACGGAAUCCGCAACGUGAACGUCCUCGCAGAAAAGCUCAUCAACUCCAACGACCAGUACAACGCCAAUGCGGUGCCAACCAAGCCCCUGCGCACCGCCGACCUCGGCAUAAUCUCCGAAGGCAAGACAAUGCUAGUCGGAAUCGACGUAACCCACCCGUCGCCAGGCUCCGCCAGCACAGCCCCCAGCGUAGCAGGCAUCGUCGCCUCGGUCGACACAACCCUGGCCCAAUGGCCCGCCGAGAUCCGCGUCCAAGGCGCCCGCCAGGAAAUGGUCGCCGACCUAGAAACCCUCCUCGCCUCACGUCUCCAGCACUGGCGAAAACUAAACAAAUCCCUCCCAGAGAACAUCAUCGUCUACCGCGACGGCGUCUCAGAGGGCCAAUACAACAAAGUCAUCGACGAGGAACUCCCCCUCCUCCAACAAGCAUGCAAGAAAACCUACCCGGCAGACCAGACAAAGAAAGGUCUUCCACGUCUUGCCAUCGUCGUCGUCGGAAAGCGCCACAACACGCGCUUCUACCCAACAACAGAACAGGACUCGAACCGCGAGAACCCAAUCCCCGGAACCGUCGUCGACCGCGGCAUCUCCGAGGCUCGCGACUGGGACUUCUUCCUACAGGCUCACUCCGCCCUCCAGGGAACUGCCCGUCCGGCCCACUACUUCACCGUCUGGGACGAGAUCUUCUACCCCCGUCACCCGGCUAACAGCUCCGGCCCCGGCGCGGCUGAUGUCCUCCAAGACCUUACUCACAAGAUGUGUUACAUGUUCGGCCGUGCGACGAAGGCGGUUAGUGUCUGUCCGCCGGCGUACUAUGCCGAUCUGGUUUGUACGCGCGCUCGAUGCUUCUUGAGUGAUCUGUUCGACCCUAUUUCGCUUGAUCAUUUUGGUGGUAGUCCCAAUGGCACUGACGGAACAGCGGAUAUGUCCCGUAUGGUGGAUGUUAAGAUCCAUCCUAAUAUUGCGGAGACUAUGUUCUACAUCUAG